CAGGUCCGCCUAUGUACUGAAGGCGUGAGAGAGCUCAGGAGGUUGUCCUGCCUUCGACCCAACUUACUCCGCCCUUUUUGGCCCUCAAAGCUUGCUCACGGCCUGGUCUAUACGACAAGUGGAUAUAUAAUCAUCUGGGAACUCUGUCGGGAUGCGUCUAGCUGCACAAGCCAGACUUUCACGACAAUGGUGCUGCUCAACCGUUUUACGGAGGGCUUACCACCCGUCCGUCCUGCCGUCCCUGAUCUCAACGUCUUCUCCGGAAUUUGUCGCUAAAGCAGAAGCCAUGGACGCCCUAGUUGCGGACCUUGACGCGAAGUUGGCCAACGUCCGACUGGGCGGAGGAGACAAGGCAGUCCAGCGUAUGCGAACAGCCGGGAAGAAGCUACCUCGAGAAAGACUGUCUCUCCUAUUGGAUCCCCAUACUCCAUUUCUCGAGCUCUCGUCCCUGGCUGCCCAUGACGUAUAUUCAGAGUAUGUACCUGCGGCAGGCAUCAUUACCGGUAUAGGUCGUAUAUCUGGGCGCGAAUGCGUCAUUGUAGUCAACGAUCCUACCGUCCGGGGUGGAUCUUAUUACCCCCUCACGGUCAAGAAGCAGUUGCGAGCGCAAGAAAUUGCUAGAGAGCACGGCCUGCCUUGUGUCUACGUUGUUGAAUCUGGAGGUGCCGCGCUACCGCAUCAAGCCAAUGUAUUCCCAGACAAGGAACACUUUGGGCGGAUCUUCUACAACAUGGCACAGAUGUCUGCCUUGGGCAUCCCGCAGAUUGCCAUAGUCCACGGAAUUUCAGUCGCAGGUGGCGCAUAUGUCCCUGCAAUGGCGGAUGAGAACAUUAUCGUGCGUAACCAAGGGCGCAUCUUCCUUGCAGGGCCACCCUUGGUCAAAGCUGCGACAGGAGAAGAGGUUGACGAGGAAACCCUCGGUGGCGGUCAGAUGCACUCGUCCGAGAGCGGCGUAACAGACCACCUCGCGAAAGACGACGAGCAUGCCAUCGCCAUCGCACGGGGCAUUGUAGGCGACUUGGGCAGAGCCGGGGGCCAGGAAGUCCCGCCUCCCGCAAUCCCCGAGGACCCGCUCUACCCAGCACAUGAGCUGCACGGGAUCGUCGGCACCGACCUGCGGCAGGCGUUCGACAUGCGCGACGUGAUCGCACGCAUCGUCGACGGGAGCCGGUUCCGCGAAUUCAAGAAAGAGUACGGCACGACGAUGAUCACGGGCUUCGCGCACGUCCACGGCUACCCCGUUGGGAUCGUCGCGAACAACGGCAUCCUCUUCUCACAGUCUGCGCUCAAGGCGACGCACUUCAUGCAGCUGUGCUCGCAGCGGCGCAUCCCGCUGCUGUUUCUCGUCAACGUGACGGGGUACAUGGUCGGUUCAAAGGCCGAGCGCGGUGGCAUCGCGAAGGAUGGCGCCAAGAUGGUGCGCGCGGUCGCGUGUGCAGACGUCCCGAAGCUCACCGUCAUCGUGGGUGGGAGUUAUGGUGCGGGUAAUUAUGGAAUGUGUGGACGUGCUUACUCGCCCCGGUUCCUUUGGAUGUGGCCGAACGCCAAGGUUUCUGUUAUGGGGUCCGGUCAGCUGUCACAAGUGAUGACGACCGUUUCAAAGGAUCCGUCUAAACAUGCGAGCCUCAAGGCCGAGAUCGAGGAGCAGUCCACCGCUCUGUACGCCUCGGCGCGCCUGUGGGAUGAUGGUAUCAUCAAGCCCACUGACACGCGCGAUACGGUCGGCCUCGCACUUGCACUCGCAGCACGAGAGCGGGGUACAAGUGCCGCAGGCAGUCGUGGUCUCGCGACCUGGGACGGCGACGCUAAGGGCUUUGGUGUCUUCAGAAUGUGAUCUACUUUCCGCGAUCACGACAGGACUGGGACUCUGGGGCACAUGUACAUUACGUCAUUUGGAGUUGCAUCUAAUGGUAUGCUUCAAUGUUUUGUUUGG